AUGGCCCGCGGAAACCAGCGCGACAAAGCUCGUGAGAAGAACCUCAAGGAAGCGGCGAAGAAGAAAUCCUCCAACACGCUGUCCGGGUCGGAGUUCCAGCGCAAGAAGGAGGAUGAUGCUUUGAAGAUGCGCGAGAAGCAGGCUAAGGCCAGCCAGUUGGAUCGGGAGGAGGCGCGGAAAUUUCUCGUUGUUCAUUCUUCGCCCCCAGCCCUGGGCUGGACAGCUCACAGGGGCUGGGCCAGACUGCAGGUUGCGAGGGACAAAUAA